GAAAAUCCCGCACUGCUACCACUUCCCUCCCAUUGGAAAGCUUUUUAAUCUACCAAAUUGAAACUUAUUCGCCUGCUCGAGGACGAUUGCGUCUGGAGGCAACAUUAUAUCAUCACACGUGACACAGUAGACAAUGCUGUAGUUUGUAUCAUUCUUUUAUGGCUUGAAUCAGAGUUUAUCUGUAAACAAAGAGAAAUCUCAAGGCCGCAACUAAGGAAAUAAUAGUACACGUAUGUGUGAAGCUGCACCCUUCCCUGCUCUAUAUCCGGCUUUCAUAGCGUUUCCAUAUUCUCGCUGCUACCCCCAACCUUUCUUAUAAGCCGCGGAGCUGCGUGUUGUCACGGGCAUCCACGCGCACAUAUCUCUCGCUGAGCACCUCAGCUAUCGUGCGGGUGUCUGGGGAUUGCGACUUCGCAUAGCGCUGAUGCAAGGCCUUCUGUACCGACGUCAUGCCGGGAGUCAAGGUUUGGCCGUCAAUGCUGCUGGCGACGCCCUCAGCAACGCCAAUGGCAGAUUUAGCCGCAUUCACCAGUUCGCCGGCCUUCUCCUUGCCCCUUGACAGGUAAGAGAAGAAUCCGCCCUUGGCUUCUUCGGCCUUCUCCUUGACUUCGUCCCCAAUCUUAGUCACCUCCUUCUUGGUUCUCAAUCUAGCCUCAAGGGCCUUAGACUGGGCUGCCUCCUCAACGCUUCGACCAGUGGCCUUGGCCGAGCCCCAUGCACCCUUAGCAGCAUCCUUGAUGCUACCAGCCUGAGCCUGCGCUUGCUGAGAAACCGUGUCCUUGGCAGCAUCAAGACUCUCGGAUGGCGACUCUCCUGUUGCCUUAGACCAGAGUCUGCUAGCUCUCUUCUCUACGCCGUCACGCACAUCGUCCCAGUCGGUAUUUUGUACCCAUGUGACGGCUUUGCUGACCUCCUCGUUCCAGCGGUCUUUGAAGACUUCAAGCGAGGCUGCACGCUCAGCCGCUGCAAGCUCAGCGCGAGAAGGAGGUAGCGGUUGGGGAAUAGGAUCGAUGAGGGUCUGGAUUUCGAGAGCCUGUGCCCGCAGCAGGUUGCUCUGGUGGUCGCGAUUUCGACGGUGGGCGAGGACCGAAAGAUAGGCGACUGACAACGUCAGCGUAACACCGCCGGUCUAGAUUAAACAUUGCGGUUAGCAAAUAGAACACGAUUAAACCAAACACCAAAACAUACAAAUCCCGAAACAAAGCCCAUGUUUGCUCGUCUCGGUGCAGUAAUGUCGCUAUUGCCUCAAGCUCACUAGUCGUCAGGGUCGGCGCGAGUCGGAGCGAAUUGAUGACGGAUCGUAAUUAGUUUGAUUGUCUAUCAGAUCGCAUGCUGCAAUUGACGCCUCGAAUUUAUCGUCAACGAGGCGAAGGAAUGAAUUGCACCGACAAGCUGGUGCUGGACAGUGGCGGGCAAAUUGUGUGGUUGACGUAGCUGGGCUGAAAGGUCGCGAGCGAAAUACAGCCGGGUUUGUUCCGCACUGGGCCAAAAAUUUCCACACCUCACGACUAGCGCCAGAGCCACAAGCACCCAGGAGAGACGAUCUCUGAAAUCGCAAAGACCGCGCCCGAAUUUAAUUCUACCGUUUACCAGGCGCCCGACACUGGUUGAGAAAUAAUGGCAGGAGGACUUACAAAAUACCGCAACCUGAGCCGCAAUUCGGCUGCGAGACAGGCGCUGCUUCGCGGCCUGGUCACGCAGCUGGUGCAGCACGAGCAAGUCCACACGACAUACGCAAAAGCAAAGGAGACGCAGCGAUUAGCAGACAAAUUGAUUGGUCUUGCAAAGAGAAACAAUGAACCCUGCCGCAGAUCGGCCCAUGGAAUUCUCUAUAGCCCCGAAGCCCUUAUGCCAAAACUCUUCGGCCCCUUGCGCGCACGAUACAUGAACCGAGAAGGAGGCUAUACCCGAGUUGUGCGCACUGAGCCGCGGAAUCCUAAGGACCAGGCCGAGUCCGCCAUCCUCGAGUUCGUCGACGGAGCCAAAGAUACCAAAUUUAUGAUGACUGCCAAAACCAUCGCCAGAGAUGCCCUCUUGGGGCGCAAGCCCACGCCGUUAACAUUGGUCAACAUGCGAAAAGUCACAAAAUUCCGCUCCAAGGAGGAGCUCGCCACCAUGGCCAACGCAUUCCUCGUUCGAGACUCUACAAAGGUCACUGCACAAUCGACUGGCGAAUCUGCCACACAAAGCAUCCCGGUUGAAGAGAUCAUUGCCAUGAUCUAGAGGGGAAGAUGAAACAUUGGAGGGACGUGCAGAGCGCUGGCCGAAAACGCUGCUAAGCUGCUGCACUCGUGUAUCAAAUAAUGACCCUUUUGUAAACUAGCACAACUAUACUAUGGGCGAGAAAUUCGUCGUUUCCUAUUUCUUGUUAAAAUUUAUCCUCUAUAAAGAUUUAUCUCUUGUGUGCAUUUACAAUUGCAAAUGUGAUACGGUGGAAUCUGUGGUAGUAAGAUUGUACAUAUAAUUCAGGUAGUAUAUCUACAUUAAGCUCUUAUAUGAAAUCAAAAGUAUCGCCUCUAUCUUGAAUCAUCUUGCCAACACGCUUUGACCCGACAAUUCUUUCCAACUUCAUAGCAUCAUACUUGCAGAACAUAGCUCGGACUGUGCCCUUGCCAGGGUCAAUCAACAUUUCUUGCUCACUCUUCGCCAAGUAGCCACCCGCGAUUUCCUUGUAGAAGAUUGGGUUGUCAGGAAGAGCAUAGAAAAUGACACGUUCAACACCUUUGAUCUGGUAGCGUCGGAAAUGGUGGGCACGUUCGGAAAAUAAUAACACUCUGUGUCUUCCAGUCACAAAGUGCGAACGGGCACGGGACGCCUCUGGAACAUCUGUGUAUUCCGAGAUUGCGCCAAACGACACAUUGCUGACGACCAGUGAGGUGGCAAAGUAAUUUCUCACUCGCACAAAGUCCAAAUAAGAGGGGAUGAAGAUCAAAGUUCCAUGGGCGUCCUUUGCCCGCUUCACAAUCGAAGGUACAAUGGCCGACACAAAGUACUCAAAUCGAGCAUCCGGCUCAUUCUCAACAGAGGAUGCUUGGAAUCUCGAGAAAGUUUGCUUGGUCUUAAUUUCAAGAUUUUGGAUACAUCCCGUAUAUUCAGGCUGUAGUCGGAUCUUGCCAGCCCAGUUAUGGCAGUGACGUCGCUGGAGUUCGGCCAGUUCAGGCGUGUUGAAUGCACUUAGAAUGAUUGUUUGGCGGAAAUAUUUAGCCCAAUCUUCCAGAUACCAGUUUCGAACACGACUGAAAUCACAGCCGUGAGCUUCUUUCGGUUGGAGGUUCAGAUGCUCAAAGAUAUACUCGACGUGCUCCCAGUUUUGCAUCAGAAGGGCGUCUGUCUGAUCGACAACAACCAUUUCCACAGAGCUCAGGAAGUCGGCGUCAACUUUCUUUUUGUCAUCCUCUGAUCCAAUAGCCAUGCGAAGUCCGAGCGGACUUGCAAAAAGUAUAUCAGAGCUGUAGAACUGAGAAAAGUAUUUCACAGUCUUUCUUGUAAACUUCAUUCCAAUCCGGAACAUGUCAUCAUCAUUGCCCUCAAACAGGUCUCGGAAGUCUUCGGGGCGAUCAUCUCCAAAGUUGGAGUCUUUUUGGAUAUAGGAUUCGUCAAAUCGUUUACGGUUCUCCUCUUGGUCUGGCUUGCAAAGAUCGCGUAUAAUAGAAACGAGCUUGGCGCAGGAGUUUCUCGUAGGCACAAUAAACAAAACUUUAGGGCGAGUAAAGCCUUGAUCCCGCAGCUCGAGUUCUGAAUCAGUCGCAUCUUUCGCUAGUCGGUAGUUGUUUUUGAUAACGCGGUCGCG